AUGGCUAUCCAGGAUUGGAAUAACAUAGUCCCCGAGAUCCCUGGAUACGGCUUGACCAAGAGCGCAGGUACCCUAUUAGUCCAGCAGAUGGCCAAAGACAUUUCGCCGAAGGACAUGCAGGUGCUCAGUUUUCACCCCGGGAGCGUCCUCACGGAAACCGUUCGGCGUGUUAUGGGUAAUAGAUUUGACGGCUUUGAUUUUGACGACGAGGAUCUUUGCGGACACUUUGCGGUCUGGGCUGCCUCUCGCGAAGCCGAGUUUCUCCACGGCCGCUUUGUGUGGGCCGCCUGGGAUGUAGACGAGUUAAGGAGUGGAGAGAUUAGAAAGCUGAUCGACAAAGAGCCUUAUUACCUGCAGAUAGGCGUCAAAGGUCUUACAUAA